AUGUCGUCGUCGGUAAAGCGGGCUUGCGAUGCCUGCCAUCGACGCAAAGUCAAAUGCGAUGGGAUCAAUCCGUGUCGGAAUUGCUCGUCCGCACAACUCUCCUGUACCUACCACGCCAUCCCCCAGAAGAAGGGCCCCAAGGGAUCGCGAGCCAAGGUGAUCAGCGAACUGCGCGAGACCCAGCGACAGUCCACGCUCUCCUCCAAAGUCGCGAAUCGUUUGAACGGGGUGGCCAGUCCGCCAUGCAGCCCGUCGCUCGCCCCGACCCCGGGCCUUCUGACCAACGACAUGAUCAAGGAAUGCAUCGAGUUCUUCUUCGCCAACAUGUAUCCAACCCUACCCGUCCUGCACCGAGGCCGCCUUGAGCAGCAAGCCAUGUACGCCGACCAGAAUGUCGAUACCUAUUGCCUUUUGACGUCGCUGUGCGCCUUCAUGAUGAUCCAGCCGGGCAUGGGCAUCCCCGGCGACCCCCUCGGGCUCGAUAGUCUGCCGGGCUCCAAUCUCGUGUCGGGGAACCUGUUGAUGGAGGAGACCAUAAGGGUGAGGAAGAGUUACGACCACCUGGAAACGCCUACCCUGAAUAGUUUGGUGACUAGUUUCUUCUUGUUUGGCUGUUAUUUUGGCCUGGAUCUACACAACAAGGCGUGGUUCCACCUGCGAGAGGCUACCACACUGGCACAUAUUUUGGGUCUCCAUAAGGAAAGCACCUAUUUACAGUUCGAUGCGGUCGAGUCAUCGAGAAGACGUCGACUUUACUGGCUGCUCUUCGUCACUGAGAGAGCGUAUGCCCUGCAACGGCAUCGACCGCUAUCCUUGCAAGCAACUAUCACCCUACCAACACAGAACGACGAUCCUUCCGACACACAAGCUCACCAUUUGCAUGGGUUUCUCCACCUGGUCAAUCUGUUCCGACCAUUUGAUGAAAGCUUCGUUGCUUUGUGGAACAAGACACGGAAUGAUUGCUCGCCGGCCUACUUGGCCGUCCUACAGAAGCAGCUCAAUGAUGCAUUACCAACACAUCUCAACUCCACCGAAAAUCAAACUACUGACCUGAGAACCAGCCAACAGUGGCUACGGACAAUGGUCUGGCAAUUGAGCAUCCAGAAUGGUUAUCUGAGCUCCAAGAAUGAUGAUCCAUGCAUGACCUUCCAAUAUCCGGUUGAGAUAUCACGGGACUUGGUGGCCAUGACCUCGCAGUUCUCACACCAAAGCAUGGAGGUACAUGGCAUUGGUCUGGUCGAGAAGCUUUUUGAUGUUGCUUGCUCUUUGACCGACGUCCUGUCGCUUCUCCCACCCAAUCCCGAUCCUUUCCAACUUGGUCCUCGGGACUAUCUCAACGACUUCCUGACCAUCUUGUCUGUCCUCCGCAACGGCGAUAACCGCUUCCUCCCACUCCUUCUCUCCAAGGUCCAUGAUGUUCUUCCCCGCCUGGUAAACCCAAUGCUUCAAACAGUUCCCGAUACUCCAGCGAAUAUGUGUGCUGACGUCGACAUCUUCGACGGCUUCGGAAAUGCGGGCAUGGGAGUAGCUAGCAACUUCCCCGGCUACAACGGUGACGGAACGAGUGGCCCAUUCAAGGUCGAGCCUGACACGGAUUUCAACCGACCAAAUGCGUCUUUGGCUCCGUACGACAAGCGGAUGGAGCAACUGGCUUCACCCAUCCAUGGCCCAGGUAGUAGCGGUAGCGAAAAUACCCCAUUCACCAGUCCACCUAUAAUACAGAGCCCAAUUAGCCCAAUGGAAUUCCCUGGGAUGGGCGAGUAUGGUGGUUUCCAAAACUUGAGCUCGCCCGGGGUAGCCCAUAACCUAACUACUGCUCCUCAUAUUGGCAACUUUGGUGAAGGGGUACGAAGUAACAACCGACAGGUUGAGUUCAAGCAGGAGUUCGAGCCCAAUCUAAACGUUCCAAGCCAGGGAAUAGGUGCAAAUGGUGGGGGUUUGGGUAUAAUGCGAAGACCGCCACCUAAGCAGAACUGCAGUUCAAACUUCGGCAUGCAAAUCCCAAGGAGCAUACCGACAGCAGAACAGUUCCAUAAUUUGCAUCGUGCAAAUAGUAACGCGGAAGCUUCGAGUCUGGGAAUGGGUGGAGGAGAGAUGCCCUUCCGAUAG